GUAUAUAUAGUCCUGGACAGGAUGGGAUGUACCUGCACCAUGAAGUCAGCAGUGGUCUUCAUGCUGCUCAGUGGCAUUGCCAUGCUGUUGCAGUUCCAAGUGGAUUGUGAAAUAUGCCCAGCUGUUGCAGACGAUGUCUUUGCAUAUAUUAGGGGCACGCCUGAACAAUAUCUGGAUGUUGUAAGAAAACACACGGGUAAUCAAGAAGUUAUAGAAAAUGCCAGAAAGCUGAAAGCCUGUAUUGAUUCAAAGCUGACAACCGAGGACAAGGAUGCUGCCGUCAGCUUGGUGAAGAAAAUCAACUCCAGUAUAUACUGUGGAGACGUAUAGAGCAUGUCAAGCAACUGAAUGCCUGGACCUAUCCUGAAUCUCCAUAGUUGGCAACUGAUCCAUGAGGAUGCUUAGCCUCUGAAUCAAUAGUGCUUCCUCUCACCCAGUGCUCCUUUCCCCUUCUCCUGGUGCAGAAUGGCAGCUGACAAGAAUCUUCA